AUGUCACUGGAUUUCGUUCAAACACUUCCAUACGAUUCAAUAACAUCAAUAGUACGAAAAGCUGCAUAUGGCUUAGUUACAACUUGUAUAAUUGGUACUGCCGUCUAUGCUGGAUAUCGUGUAGCUGCACCGGAGAAAUACUCUAAUAAACGACAUCGACAUCCUGAGCUAAAUGACCAAAUCGAAAAAGUACUUGAUUCAUUAAAAAUUUCUGACGAACAAUUGAUACAUAUAAUGCAUAUAUUAGAAGAAGAAAUGAGUGCUGGUCUUUCACCCAUAACACAUAAACAAGCAACUGUCAAAAUGUUUCCAACAUAUGUACGAAAUAUUCCAAAUGGUACAGAAAUGGGUCAUGUACUUGCAUUGGAUUUAGGUGGAACAAAUUUUCGUGUUCUCUUAAUUGAUUUACAUGGAAAUUCAAAAAUUGAAUUAACAUCGAAAAUUUUUGUUAUUCCACAAUCAAUUAUGAUUGGAGAUGGAAAAAAUUUAUUUCGACAUUUAGCUGAAUGUUUAGCAGAAUUUAUGAAAAAAGAAAACUUAUUACAUUCAGGAAUAUGUUAUCCAUUGGGUUUUACAUUUUCAUUUCCUUGUAAACAAGAAGGUCUCGCAUCUGCUCGAUUAACAGCAUGGACAAAAGGUUUUAGUUGUUCAGGUGUUGUUAAUGAAGAUGUUGUUAAACUUUUACAAGAAGCUAUUGUUGAAAAGGGUAUUAAUGCUAAAUGUGUAGCGCUAGUCAAUGAUACAGUUGGCACAUUAAUGGCAUGUGCAUAUAAAGAUCCAUCAACAGCUAUUGGUCUUAUAUUAGGUACAGGAACAAAUGCAUGUUAUAUUGAAAAUUUAGAUAAAGUUGGUACAUGGAAUGGUGAUUAUAAUGAACCAAAACAAGUUAUUAUAAAUAUGGAAUGGGGUGCAUUUGGUGAUAAUAGUCGUUUAAAACAUAUACGAACAAAAUAUGAUCAAGAAGUUGAUAUUUCAUCAAUAAAUCCUGGCAAACAAAUCUUUGAAAAAAUGAUAUCAGGAAUGUAUAUGGGUGAAAUUGUACGUUUAAUAAUAUUAGAUUUACUUCAACAAGAACUACUUUUUCUUGGUCAUCGUGAUACAUAUGGAGAUUAUAAAACUCCACUUUAUAAUCGAGGUGGUUUUUAUACAAAAUUUGUUUCAACUGUUGAAACUGAUGAAGGUAUUCAAUUUUCAAAUACACGUCGAGUACUUGAAGAUAUUGGUAUUCAUAAUCCAACAUUUGAUGAUUGUACUAUUGUUCAACAUAUUUGUCGACAAGUAUCAAAACGAGCUGCACGAUUAGCUGGUGCUGGUUUAGCUGUAUUAAUUAAUCGUAUUGGAAAAUCGAAUAUUACAGUUGGUGUUGAUGGAUCACUCUAUCGAUAUCAUCCACGUUUUAAACGCAAUAUGGAAAGAUGUAGUGGUAAAGGUGCCGCAAUGGUUGCCUGCGUUGCUGAGCGAAAUCUUUUCAAAAUAUCUGAUGAACAUGAUAAAGAAACGAAUGAUUAUGAAACAGUAAACUAA